CAUGCAACAUUAGAUUCACGAUGGAGAGACAUAGUCUUUCAGAUACUAAUCAUUCUAGCUUGCUUUGCUAUAAGCAAUGCAGUUCAGUCGGACAUUGAUUGCCUAAUAUCCAUCAAAGAAUCCCUCCAAGACCCCGAGAAUCUCUUACAUUCCUGGGAUUUUAACAACAAUACUGAAGGCUUCGUGUGUCGCUUUUUUGGAGUCGAAUGCUGGCACCCUGAUGAAAGCAAGGUUAUGAAUCUUCGCUUAUCAGACAUGGGACUCAGAGGACCAUUUCCAUUAGGCGUAAAAAACUGCACCAGCUUGACCGAAUUGGAUCUUUCUAGCAACCACCUCACAGGACAACUUCCUUCUAAUGUUUCAGAUUUCAUGCAAUUCCUCACAAAACUGGAUCUCUCAAGCAACAAUCUCUCGGGUCCAAUUCCAUCUAGCUUUUGCAAUUUAAGCUUCAUUAAUGUUCUGAGGCUUGAUAACAACCAACUUACAGGCCAAAUCCCUUUGGAGUUGGCCGGCCUUGAUCGCAUCAAGGAAUUUGAUGUUGCUAACAAUAGAUUGUCGGGACAGGUACCCAUAUUCCGCAGUAGUUCCAUAUCUGCAGACAGCUAUGCAGGCAACCUUGGGCUUUGUGGACCUCCCUUGGAUCCUUGUGUCUGGAGAGCUGAGAAGGAUCUCUUUCUCGCAGGGUUUGCUGUAGGAUUUCCUUUUUUUACUAUAGUUACGUUGCUUAUGGUCUACUGUUCGACUAGGUUGUCUAUGAGCAACAUGAGGUCUUUUCUUCUCAUGGUCAAGAAAAUAAAGGGACGGAAGCAAGACUUGAUUUCGCAAAGCCCGGAUAUCUUGUUAACUGAGCAGAACAAUACCGAAGAAAGCAAGGUAACAUCCAUGGAAAAGUAUAUCCGAAGACUAAGUUUGGUGGAACUCAAGUUGGCAACCAAUAAUUUUGACACUAAAAGUGAAAUUGGCUAUGGAAACAUGGGAAUCAUGUACAAGGCUGUGUUUCCAAACAGUAUGAUGCUUGCAGUCAAGAGACUUCAUAAGUUUGAGAGCUUUGAGAAAGAGUUCUUAUUAGAAAUACAAAUUUUAGGAAGAUUGCGGAACACAAACUUAGUACCAUUGUUAUGCUUUUGCUUUGAAAUGGAUAAGAAAUUUCUUGUUUACAAAUACAUGUCUAAUGGAACCCUCCAUCAAUGGCUACACUCUAGGCCGCAAGUGGAAGGUAGGAAGAUGGGAUGGACUUUAAGGUUGAGGAUCGCAGUAGGGAUAGCACGAGGACUUGCGUGGUUACAUCAUAACAACGCCCUACAGAGUAGCGGCGCCAUCACCAUCGCGCCUCCUCCAUUUUUUCCAGCCAUGGCGCCCUCCGUGGCGGUGUGCCGGCGCUAUGCAGGCGCGAAGAGGCAUACCGCCCCUCACAUGCCGCCCCAUAACACAUACUCUUACAAGGAGGAUGUCUAUAGCUUUGGGAUUUUGUUGCUCGAGUUAGUAUCAGGUAAAGAAAGGCCAUCUAUAGAAACGGAGUCUCUAGGAGAUGAUGUAUGUAGUGAGGAAUUCAAUAUGAUUGAUGAAUGUUUAGUAGGACAAGGAUUCGAUGAGGAAAUAUAUGAAACACUUGGAAUAGCAAAGAAGUGCAUUCAAACACACAAAAAUGGGGCAACAAGUAUGCUUGAAGUGUAUCAAUCAAUUCGUGCCGUUGGAAUAUCAAGAAACGAAAUUUCUGUUGAUUUGUAUAUGGACUUGGAAGGUAACACAGAAGAUAUAUAGCGUCGCACAUAUAGUUCAUGUCCUUGUUUCUCAUAUAUAAAAUAAAUACACUUGUUUUCGUUACAUGAGCAUCGUCAAUUGUAUGAAAGACAUGACAAUAUGAUAUCUAGUUUGUGGUAGAUAUUGAUAUUGUAUAACUUCAUAUUUAGAUUAAGUUAGGAGUGUUUAUAAAUGGCA